AUGUUUGGCAUAUCGUUGGACACUUUGAAUAACAAGAAAUUGGGAACCUCACCACUUUCACGAUCAGGUUCAACUGAAUCAUCACCGUUGAAAAAGAAGUGGAGAGAGAUUUUAAGACCGAACAAAAGCUACAGCAUUAAGCAAACGGGUCACAAUGCCAGCUACACUAGCAGCCGCAUUUCACCAGUAUCGGACACAGACAAAACCCCAUUUCCACCAAUGUCUGUUCAAGAGCAAGUGUUCACGCCCCAACAUUUAUCUACCCCAAAGUUUGAAUCAUCCCAUAAAUUUGAAAAAGCUUACAAUACUCCCAACACCACGCCCAAAAGUGUCAAUCUUUUUGAAACUUCACACAACAAGAGUAGUGAUAGCUUUUCGUAUGCUCAUCAAGUACACACUGAAGGAUUGAAUCUGUCGUUUGCCAAUAUCUUGAAUAAUAAUAUCCCGCAUUUAAAUAAAAGAAGAGAAAGCCAAACAUCUUCAACCAAGAAUCUAGACAACACCUGUUUCAUAUGCUCAGAGUUGUUGCUGAAUGUCUUGCAAAGCGAACGAGUUUUGAAGUUGAACUGUGGUGAUGUGGUGCAUUUUGAGUGUUUUAAAACCGCGUACAAUAAGGAACUAGCUGGUCACAGAAGUUGCAACAAGGAAUUUAAUUUGGAAUUGUCGAAUCUCUGCCACGGCACAAUUUGCAAAGGUGAAUGUCGGAUAACAAUCGAUAAUCGAAAUCUAAACUCCCUUUUGAAGAGGUCACAUAUGUCACUUACUCCCAAACGACCAGCUCCUAAUCAGCCAAAGUCUAAAGACCUGUCCCAUGAAACAAAGCUGAAUUCGCAAAGCAUCAACUUCAAAGCAUUAAAGUCGACAUUAAAUCAAUUGUCUCACAUUGAGCUUUCGAGGAGAAGUUCUGUUAGGAACCGAGACACCAUAUUGUCAAGCAUACAAUCUCCAUCGCCUGUAAACACAAUCCCAACAACAAUAACUGACUCAUACAACUUAAAUGGAUUUGAUAAUAACCAAAGUGCAGAAACAGUUGUAAACCAAUUAAUGCAGUAUCUAUUAAAUAAUUGCACAACGUUAAAUCUAGCAAAAUUGUCCCAAUUGGGAAUGUUGCGAGUUGCUGAUCAAUUGCAAAUCAAAAUUGAAGAUGUUCCUUUCCAGGAAAAGUAUUGUUACUUGUUUGAAAACUCGGUUGUAAUUUGGGACAAGAUUAGCCUGGCCAUCUUUAUACCCGUAAAAAAUGUCGAAAUCACAUGCAAAGGUUCCAUUGUGACAAUUACACCAGCAGAGGGUAAUGUGUUGCAUUUUUCGCUCCAAUCUCAUUUAAGUUCGGUUAUCGAGAAAUGGGCCAUUGUCUUGAUGGAUCUAUCAGUGGAUGUUCCUGGAUGCAAAAUCACAAACACUAUAGAUUUGAUACCAAAAGUGCAGGAAAAGAAUGUAUUUGGAGGGUUUUUGGGAACCAGGAUAAGUCCGAUUAUGGAUCUGCCACACAAUAAUGCCCAGUAUCAGCUUGUGAAUGUAAGUUCACACAGUGUGAUAUCAACUGAUUCUCUCAAUGUGAAGGAUUUGAAUCUUUUAAAAACCAAUACGGUGCUGUUAUUGGGAAAAGAAGUAGACGACAGUGAUUCAGAUGCAGACUCAGAUAAGGAGGUCAUACAACAAGCGUUAAAAUAUAAUACGGAUCGAAUAAAUCUAAACCAAUUGCAGACAUUAAUAUCGGAAGUAGACCAAAUGCUAUAG